UAAGUCGCUGUCUCUUGAUUCUCAUUUUUCGAUCACCGUUUUAUAAGUAGCUAAAGAGCGCACUCUACGCUCUAUUCCCAUUCUUCAAUUCUGUGAAGUAGAUGAGAGGUUCUACAAUGGCUUUUCUUCGUAGAGGUUUUGCUGCCGAGAAGAGAGGUACUGUAACAACUUCACUCUCUUUUCUCUCUUCAUCUUUUCAUAAUCUCAGCCACAAAAGUAGGCCCUUUUCGCCUAAGCCCAGAAUAGAUUUCAGUUGUAUUCAUGACGUAGAUGAUGCUGUUUUCUUGUUUCGUCAAAUGCUCAGAAUGCGCCCGCAGCCUUGUGUUGUUGAGUUUAAUAAACUAUUGACUUCUGUUGUCAAGAUGAAAAAAUACUCUGUUACCCUUAAUGUAUUCGACGAAAUGCGUCAAUCGGGUGCUCCUGUAGACGAGUAUACAUUGACUAUCGUGAUUAAUUGCUAUUGCCUUCUCAAUCGAGUAGACUUUGGAUUUGCUAUCUUGGGCAGUUUCUUCAAGUGCGGUUACAAGCCAGAUGUCACUACUUUCAACACACUUAUAAAAGGGCUCUUUUUAGGUGAUAAAGUCGUCGAGGCAGAAAAAUUAUUCAAAAAGUUAUUGACGCUGAAAAUCUGUGAACCUGAUGAAGUUACUAUUCUUACUGUGAUAAAUGGGCUAUGCAAAGCUGGACACACUCUCACUGCAUAUGAUUUGCUUGGGUUAUUUGAAAAGACAAGCUUCAAACCUGAUCUACAAGGAUUAUUUUGUGCAGGUAGAUGUGCUGAUGGAUUGAAGCUUUUCAAAGAUAUGCACACUCAUCAACUAAUUCCCGAUGUAGUGACUUACAAUACCUUAUUGAAUGGCUUGUGCAUGAACAAGCAUAUUGAUGAAGCAUUUUCUUUCCUACACAUAAUGGAAGAACAAGGUGUUAAUCCUGACAUAACUACAUAAAGUAUACUCAUCCAUGGAUCAUGCAAGGAUGGAAAACUUGAGAUUGCAAGAGAUCUUUUUAAUAGCCUCCCUUCCAAAGGUUUUCAACCCAGUAUUCAGAUAUAUACAACCAUUAUUGGUUCACUAUAUGAAGAAGGACACAUAGAGGAGGCAAAAUGUUUGCUUGUGGAAAUGGAAAAAAGUGGUUGUGCACCUGGUAGUGUGACAUAUAAUGUCUGUAUCCAGGGUCUGCUUAAAAGAAAGUUGCUUGCCGAGGCGAAGGUGCUCUUGGAUGAAAUGCACAGGCGAGGAUUCUCACCUGAUUCAACUACUGUGUCUCUGCUCCUUGAUCAACCGCAAGACGAAGAUAUUAUUUGUAUGAAAGUUUUGAUAAGUGCUAACGUGUGGUUGAUCAAGUACAGUACACUCAUCCAUGGAUUGUGCAAGGAUGGAAAAUUUGAGAUUGCAAGAGAUCUUUUUAAUAAGCUUCCUUCCAAAGGUUUGCAACCCAAUAAUCGGAUAUAUACGACCAUUGUUGGUUCACUAUAUCAAGAAGGACAAAUAGAUGAGGCAAAAUGUUUGCUUGUGGAAAUGGAAAAAAGUGGUUGUGCACCUGAUAGUGUAACAUAUAACGUCUGUAUCCAGGGUCUGCUUAAAAGAAAGUUGCUUGCCGAGGCAAAGACAUUCUUGGAUGAAAUGUAUAGACAAGGAUUCUCACCCGAUGCAACUACUGUGUCUAUGUUGCUUGAUCAACUAUUCCUCUGAAAGUACUGAUAAGUGCUAACUUCUCAUGUAUGCUACAGCAUGUUCAUUUUUAUUCAUCAAAUUUUAUGUUUGAACUCUACAGUCAAAUGAAACUGUUUGGAGGUGUUAAUUGUAUCU